AUGUUUGUUCUCAUGCGAUGGGCCCAAAAGUUCUACCCAUUCAAGAAUAGCGACUGUCUAAGGGAACAAGACGAUGGGAAGGAGAAAGUUGGGCAACCAGAGCAACCUCGACUAUUCCCUACUCUGGGUGACCUGCAGCGAACCAUGGACCCGUUAGUAGCAGUGCAAGUCUACAAUUAUAACAGCAGUCCCAUCUGCCGACUACCGGAUGAACUCCUGCUUCAUAUCAUCCACUUCCUAGGCGACGAUAUUCUCGCCAUGCACUGCCUCCGGCGUGUCUCCUGGAGUUUCCGGCGUCUUAUCAACAAAUCGGAUAUGAUGAACCCCCUUUUACUCCAACUAUCAUUGACAUACGAGAGUUUGAGUGAAUCUUCUUGGAGCCUCCCGGCCAACCUGAGGGAACAACUUCGACAGCGGUUACAAAGAGACGGGAUGUGCGACGAGUGUAAGCUCUGGUGCGAUGUCCCCGUCAAGGGAUGGCUCAAACAAAUUAUCCAGGCUUCCAACCUUAGCAAUCUUAACCACAAUCGAGCAUAUUGGAGUCACUGUAAAUUCGGAUUUAGGUCUCUGCGUGGCCGCCCUCAAUGCGAUACCUGUGGUAACCAUCAGGAUGUGCAAGCAUCUUCCUCCUCCUCUUCUAAGCACCAUCGCGGCGCAAGGGAGCGACAGUGUCUGGGCUGCCAAGGAGCCGUACAGCUGUGCGAGCAUAUCCAUAUAUCCUGGGCCACCAUUGAGGCGCAUCUAACGGACUGGCAGCAGCGCAAGCCUGGAGACUGGCAAGCCUGCUUCGACAACUUCGAUAUCGAGUGCCACGAUCCGAGUCACGACACACGUUGCAGGCCAGAGGAAGCCCCAACCUAG